GGCGGAGGGGGCGGAAGCCGGAAGCGGGUCCGGCCCGGGUCGGUCCGGGCGUUGCGGGGUCGGGGCCUGGGCUCGCCCGGCGCGGGGCAGCUGAGGGGCUGUGACGGAGCAGCGCGGCGCCAUCCCGGGCCCGAGGCCUGGAAGAGUGAGGAGCGCGGGGCGGAGAGCGGAGGGCCGCACCCCAGGGCGCCGUCCCAGACCCGGGUGCCCGGUGCCCGCGGCCCAUCCCGGGCCUCCCCGCUCGGCAGCCCGGCGGGGCCUCGGGUCUCCCCGCCGCAGCCGGCCCGGCGCCCCCCGCACCCCCGCGGUCUGCGCGGCCCGCGGCCCCCAGCCCCGCAGCCCUAUUCCGGGGUCCCCCGGCCCCGGCCCCGGGCAUGUACGCCCCCGGAGGCGCAGGGCUGCCUGGCGGGCGCCGGCGGCGGAGCCCGGGGGGCAGCGCGCUGCCCAAGCAGCCGGAGCGGAGCCUGGCCUCGGCGCUUCCGGGCGCGCUCUCCAUCACCGCGCUGUGCACCGCGCUCGCCGAGCCCGCCUGGCUGCACAUCCACGGCGGCACCUGCUCGCGCCAGGAGCUGGGGGUCUCCGACGUGCUGGGCUACGUGCACCCGGACCUGCUGAAAGACUUCUGCAUGAACCCCCAGACGGUGCUGCUGCUGCGGGUGAUUGCCGCCUUCUGCUUCCUGGGCAUCCUGUGCAGCCUCUCCGCGUUCCUCCUGGACGUCUUCGGGCCCAAGCACCCAGCCCUGAAGAUCACCCGCCGCUACGCCUUCGCCCACAUCCUCACAGUCCUGCAGUGUGCCACCGUCAUCGGCUUCUCCUACUGGGCGUCUGAGCUCAUCCUGGCCCAGCAGCAGCAGCACAAGAAGUACCACGGCUCCCAGGUCUACGUCACCUUCGCCGUCAGCUUCUACCUGGUGGCGGGCGCUGGGGGGGCCUCGAUCCUGGCGACGGCGGCCAACCUCUUGCGCCACUACCCCUCGGAGGAGGAGGAGCAGGCGCUGGAGCUGCUCUCCGAGAUGGAGGAGAACGAGCCGGACCCGGUGGGCUACGAGGUCAUCAACCAGUUCCAGCCUCCGCCCGCCUACACCCCCUGAUGCCAGCCCCUGGGGCCCCGUCCUCAGCCCCUCCCCAGCUCUGCAGCACCCCACCCCGCGGGCGCUGCCCCCCAGCAGGCCUCCCUCCGCAUCCUGAGCGUCUUCCCCGCCCUCCCCAGGAGGGCCCCUGCCUUCAGGCCCUCCACACACCCCACGCGCGGAGCCCGGCCCCUAGGUUUUAUCUAACACGUCGCUUCCCCUCUCGUCACCUGCCUCUCCCAGCACAGUCAUGGUGUCACCCACCUGGGGUGGCCAGGCACCCUCUCCCCGUGCUGCCCAGGUCUUUGGGGCUGGGACUCUCCUGGGGGCCCCCGGGCAGCGGGACCCAAGGGGAAAGGAAGGGCACCCGUGGGCUUGCUCCUGACCACCCGUGACAGCACUGGCCGCCGCUCCGGGGCGCGCUCUACACUAGCCUUCAGACUCCUGUCGCGUGCGAUCGGCUUCCGGGGGAAGCAGAGCAGCUGCUGUGCACACCCUGCCCGUGCUUCGUGUGCCUGGAGUCUGCCAGCGAGCAGCACUGGCAGGAGGCCAAGGCCUCCUGGCGCCCCAAGGAUCAGACGAAGGGGUGUAAUCCCCACAGCCCCUUCACCUUUAGACUGUGGGUGGUUUUAACAGGAGAAAACAAAACCAAGCCCCAGCAGCCACGCUCUCCCCUCAACCAGGGACAGGCUGCAGUGGUUUUCCAGAGUCCACCUGUCCCCUUGGGCACUGCCAUCUCCGGGGCCUUGGCUCGUCCAGGCCCUGGUGCCCCUCCGUGACCCUCUCGAAGCAGAACGCAGCCCCUGCCCUGCCCUCCCUCCGGGCCUCCCAGGCCCUCCCUUUGCCCCUGAGCACAGGACCGUUGGCCUGGCCGGUGGCGGCCAGUGUGGGGCUGCUCGGGACUGCUGCUCUGAGAUGCAGCCUGGCCUCCGAGCCGGAACAGGGGCCACAGUGGCCAGGAGGCCCCACUUUCCACAUAGGAACCCUGGCUGACAGGGCUACCUCUCACCGCAGGCCCCGUCCCCCUUCCCAAGUGUGCUCUGGACCCACAGGGGUUAUGGGGCUUCCCUGCCUGCCCCCCACUGCAGCUACCCCGGGGGCCCUGUGUGGCUAUGGGGCUGGCUGAAUUUUCUGCCCUGAGAUCUGGGCAUAAUGUGGGCAAAACUGGAGAGACUUUCUGGGUGGUUUCAGGUGGCCUCACUAAAUUACUAGCUUCCUUGGAA